AUGCCUCCUGAGUUCCCCAGGUCCGAAGCAGCUGCAAAAGACGCAAGUAUCCUCAUGGUGAAUGGAACUUUGGGAGAAUCAGUUACUUUCCCUAUAAAUAUUCAAGAAGCACAGCAAGUUAUCAGUAUUGCUUGGAUUUCCAAAUCAUCUGUUGCUGUUGUACAACCUGGAGACUUGGGAAAAGCACCUAAGGUUACUGUUACCAACAAAAAUUAUUUUGAGAGAUUACAUGUCUCAGGUAAAAACUAUGACUUGGUGAUGAGCAAUCUGAAGAUGGAAGAUUCUGGUUUCUACCAAGCAGACAUAAAUAUACAAUCCAGUAACAUCACCAUCACCAAGAAGUACAACUUUCAAGUCUACCGUUCUCUUAAGAAGCCAAAAAUUACACAGAAUUUAACAACAAAUAUGAAUGGCUCCUGUAAUAUAACUCUCACUUGCUCCAUGGAGAAGGAAGGAAAGGAUGUGACAUACAGAUGGAGUCCAAUGGGAGUAGAAGGCAAUACCCUUAAAGUCUUCCUGAUCCCUGAGGACCAAAAGUUGACUUACACAUGUACAGCCUGGAACCCUGUUAGCAAUAACUCUGACUCCAUCUCCAUUCAGCAUCUCUGUGCAGGAACUGCAAUGAGCUUCCGAACUCGCUGCACUGGGUUGCUGAGUGUGUUAGCUCUCGUCAUUUUCCUCAUUCUCAUUCUAUCUGUAGUGUGUUUGUUCAAUUUAUACAAGAAAAGACAAGGUAGGAUUUUACCAGAAGGCAAAAUAUGGCAACACUCCUUCGUUCCUCCUGGGAACGAAGUAAUGCAUGUAUCCAAGGUGAUGUAG